GGUGCACAGGUCUCCUGGGCAGUGCCAGCGAAGAGCGUAAAUCGGCGCUCGCUCCCACACCGUCCUAUAAUGCUCUGCCUUCUCUCUUUAUCCUCAUCGGCACGGCACAGAUUAACAACGAUUAUUUUCUCAGCAAUCCUUGGAUCGAAAUUGCGUCGUAACAACGAGGGAUGCUUGCAGAGCACAGGGAGAACAGUAGGGCUGGCUUUGGCCUCAAGAAGCCUCUAAAGAUGAAUAUGGUGAAGAGGAUCAUGGGGAGGCCGCGGCAGGAGGAGUGCAGCCCACAGGACAACGCACUGGGACUCAUGCACCUGCGCCGUCUCUUCUCCGAGCUCUGCCACCCGCCGCGCCAUAUGACACAAAAAGAGCAGGAGGAGAAGCUCUACAUGAUGCUGCCUGUUUUCAACCGGGUGUUUGGGAACGCUCCACCGAACACAAUGAAUGAGAAGUUUUCAGACCUGCUGCAGUUCACCACUCAAGUGUCCAGGCUGAUGGUGACUGAGAUCAGACGGAGAGCGUCCAAUAAAUCCACAGAGGCGGCCAGCAGAGCCAUUGUGCAGUUUCUGGAGGUAAAUCAGAGCGAGGAGGCGAGCCGGGGCUGGAUGCUCCUGACCACCAUCAACCUGCUGGCCUCCUCAGGACAGAAAACAGUGGACUGUAUGACCACCAUGUCGGUGCCCUCCACUCUGGUGAAAUGUCUAUAUUUGUUUUUUGACCUGCCCCACAUGCCCGAGGUUCCUGCUGCCACCCAGACUGAGCUUCCUCUGGCGGACCGCAGAGCUCUUCUACAGAAAGUCUUUGUCCAGAUCCUGGUGAAGCUGUGCAGUUUUGUGUCUCCGGCAGAAGAGCUGGCCCAGAAGGAUGAUCUACAGCUGCUCUUCAGUGCCAUCACCUCCUGGUGUCCCCCCCACAACCUUCCCUGGAGGAAGAGCGCUGGAGAAGUGCUUACCACCAUCUCCCGACACGGCCUCAGCAUCAACGUCGUCAAGUACAUCCACGAGAAAGAGUGCUUGUCAACGUGCAUCCAGAACAUGCAGCAGUCAGAUGACCUCUCUCCUCUGGAGAUUGUGGAGAUGUUUGCCGGGCUCUCCUGUUUUCUGAAGGAUUCGAGUGAUGUCUCUCAGACUCUCCUGGAUGACUUCCGCAUGUGUCAGGGCUACACCUUCCUCGUAGAUCUUAUGAUCAGGUUGGAGCAGGCCAAAGAGGAGGAAUCCAAAGAUGCUCUAAAGGACCUGGUGAACCUGAUGACCGCUCUGACCACAUAUGGUGUCAGUGAGCUGAAGCCAGCUGGUCUCACCACUGGAGCACCCUUCCUGCUUCCAGGUUUUGUGGUUCCACAGCCUUCUGGAAAAGGCCACACGGUCAGAAACAUCCAGGCUUUCUCUGUGCUUCAGAAUGCCUUCUUGAAGGCCAAGAGUGGUCGAUUAGCACGUAUGAUCCUUGAAGCCAUUGCCAACAUCUACGCCGCAGACUAUGCCAACUAUUUCAUCUUAGAGGCGCAGCAUGCGCUAUCGCAGUUUGCAGACAGAGUAGCAAAACUACCGGAGGUGCAGUCCAAGUACUUCGAGGUACUGGAGUUUGUCGUCUUCGGACUUAAUUACGUACCAUGCAAAGAGCUUUUUAGCGUUAGCGUGCUAUUAAAGUCGAGCACCUCUUACGGAUGUAGCAUCACUGCCACCCGCACUCUUCUCAAACUCGGGCGCCACCACCCUGUCUUCAGUGAUGUCUUCCGUGAAGUUGGACUGCUGGAAGUGCUAGUUAACCUGCUCCACAAAUAUGCAGCGCUGCUGAAAGACCCAACGCAAGCCCAUGGCGAGCAGGGUGAUGCCAAGAACAAUGUGGCUGAAGAGCAAAAACAGCUUGCCUGGCUUGUCAUGGAGACACUCACAGUCCUCUUGCAAGGCUCGAACACAAAUGCAGGAUUGUUCCGUGAGUUUGGCGGAGCCCGGUGUGUGCACAACAUUGUGAAGUACCGUCAGUGUCGUGAGCACGCUCUGAUGAUCAUUCAACAGCUGGUGCUGUCGCCAUCUGGAGAUGAUGACAUGGGUACUCUGCUCGGCCUUAUGCACUCUGCACCAUCAACAGAACUACAGCUCAAAACUGACAUUCUGCGGGCUUUGCUAGUGGUGCUGCGCGAGAGCCACCGCACACGCACCGUCUUCCGCAAGGUGGGCGGCUUUGUGUACGUGACCUCACUGUUGGUUGCCAUGGAGCGUUCUCUCUGUUCUCCACCUGUCAGCGGCUGGGAGAAGGUCAACCAGAACAAAAUCUUUGAACUUCUACAUACCGUAUUCUGCACUCUAACAGCAGCCAUGCGUUAUGAACCUGCCAACUCGCACUUCUUUCGCACUGAGAUCCAAUACGAGAAGCUGGCCGAUGCGGUGCGACUUUUGGGAUGUUUUUCCGAUUCUAAGAAAGUUGGUCCAGCAACCGUCUUCCCCUCUAAUGCCCAGCCAUUCCAGCGGUUACUGGAGGAUGAGAUCAUACCUGCAGAAAACGUUUGUCCCACUCUUAAGCACUGCAGCAAGCUGUUCAUCUACCUGUACAAGAUGGCCACAGACUCAUUUGACAGUCGUGCCGAGCAGGUGCCCCCCUGCCUGACUCACGAGACCUCAUUGCCCUCUCCUUGGGGCACGCCAGCAAUCGCCAGGAAGAGAAAUGGCUAUCACAGCUCAUCCAACUCUGCUCCUGGUAAAGCCCUAACGGACCUAAAGCUGCACUUGGGAAAUCCAUCCCAGCACUCUUCAGACCCUGUAGUCAUCCACCCUGGAGCAGUGCUGGCAGUGCUCGACCUCCUACCCUCCGUUUCUUCUGACACACAGCCUGAGCAUGCUCUGGACCUGCAGUUAGCAGUUGCUAACAUCCUGCAGCUGCUGGUGCAUUCAGAGAGGAACCAGCAGAUCCUGUGUGAGGCGGGUCUGCACUCACGCUUGCUUCAGCGCUGUAGCUGCGCUUUGGGAGACGAAGAUCACCCACUCCACCCACCACUGCAGAGGAUGUUUGAGCGACUGGCUUCCCAGGCCCUAGAGCCUAUGGUGCUCAGGGAAUUUUUACGACUUGGGAAUCCUCUGAAUUGCGGUGCCUGGGACAAAAAGCUCCUGAAGCAAUAUCGGGUCCACAAGCCGAGCUCCCUCAGCUAUGAAGCUGAAAUGCGCAACAGCAUGACUUUGUCCAUGGAGGGUUUUGGGCCGGAUAGCGUGUUCACAAUUAAUGAGGACAACAGCCAGUACCGGAUCAGUCGAAGUCUGGUGCGAUCGGCUGAGGGCAGCACUGUGCCCCUCACCCGAGUCAAGUGCCUGGUCUCCAUGACGACGCCCCAUGACAUCCGUCUCCAUGGAUCCUCCGUCACGCCCGCCUUCGUGGAGUUUGACACGUCAUUAGAGGGAUUCGGAUGUUUGUUUUUGCCCAGUUUGGCCCCUCACAACGCACCAUUCAGUAAUGCCAACACAUCUGGAGUCAGUGACGGGGCGGUGGUCAGCGGCAUGGGAAACGGUGAGCGUUUCUUUCCACCCCCAUCUGGCCUGAGUUACUCAACGUGGUUUUGCGUUGAGCGUUUCAGCACACCACCCCAAAGCCCCCCUGUGCGUCUGCUCACGGUGGUGCGAAGGGCCACCUCGUCUGAGCAGCACUACGUGUGCCUGGCCAUCGUGCUCUCUGCUAAAGACCGGUCUCUCAUUGUGUCCACUAAGGAAGAGCUGCUUCAGACCUAUGUGGAUGACUUCAGUGAGGAGUCCUCCUUCUAUGAGAUUCUUCCCUGCUGUGCUCGCUUCCGCUGCGCUGACCUCAUCACUGAGGGGCAGUGGCACCACCUGGUGUUAGUUAUGAGCAAGGGAAUGCUGAAGAACAGCAUGGCGACUCUCUACAUCGAUGGCCAGAUGGUCAGCACGGUCAAGCUGCACUAUGUUCACAAUGCUCCCGGCGGCUCUGCAUCCGCAAACCCACCUGUGGUGAGCACGGUGUACAGCUACAUCGGUACGCCACCGGCCCAGCGCCAGCUCUCCGCUCUGGUCUGGCGACUGGGGCCCACUCACUUUCUGGAGGAGGUUCUGCCUGCUGCCAGUGUGGCUGCCAUCUAUGAACUGGGACCCAAUUAUGUAGGCAGUUUCCAAGCUGUUUACCUGCCAUGCAAAGACUCAAAGACUGAGGCUGUGCCACCAUGUCCUGUUGCAUUGGUCCCUGAAGAGAAGGUCUCCUUUAGUCUCUUUGCUCACUCUGCAUCUACUCUCACUGUGGCCAAGAUACGAAAGGUCUACAACAAACUGGACAGCAAAACCAUUGCCAAACAGCUGGGGGUUUCCUCUCAUGAAAGUGCCAUACCAGUCAAGCUCGUCCAUAAUGCAGUGGGCCAUCUCAACGGGUCGGCCAGGACCAUUGGAGCUGCAGUCAUCGGUUACCUGGGUGUGCGCGCCUUCGUGACCAAACCAGUGGCCACCAACCUCCAGUACAUCGGAGGAGCAGCUGCCAUUCUGGGCCUGGUUGCCAUGGCGUCAGACGUGGAGGGUCUCUAUGCUGCAGUAAAAGCGUUAGUGUGUGUUGUGAAGAGCAACCCGCUAGCUAGCAAGGAGAUGGAACGUAUCAAAGGAUACCAGCUGUUGGCCAUGCUGCUGAAGAAGAAGCGCCCUCUGUUGAACAGCCAUAUUCUUCACUUGACCUUCUCUCUUGUCGGAACUGUCGAUAGUGGCCAUGAGACCUCAAUCAUCCCGAACUCCACAGCUUUUCAGGACCUGCUGUGUGAUUUUGAGGUUUGGCUUCAUGCUCCCUAUGAGCUGCACCUCUCUCUCUUCGAGCACUUCAUUGAACUUCUGACUGAAUCCAGUGAAGCUGCUAAGAAUGCCAAACUGUUGCGGGAGUUUCAGUUGAUCCCCAAACUUCUGCUGACUCUGAGGGAUCAGUCUCUGUCUCAGCCCACCAUCGCUGCCAUCGGCAACGUCCUCAGUCUCCUGCUGCAGGGCUUCCCCAACUCAUAUGACCUACUAAGGUUUGGGCAGUUCAUCUCUUCAACAUUGCCAACAUUUGCAGUCUGUGAGAAGUUUGUCAUUAUGGAGAACACCAAUGAGGAGAAGAUCGACCGGGGAGCUGAUGAUGAGUUUGGAGGCCUCUUGUCAUCCAACUUGAUUCUUCUGCGGAACAGACUACUGGAUAUCCUGCUCAAACUGCUCUUCAGCUGCAAAGAGAAGAACAUUGUUAAUGCACAGGCUUGUGAAGAGCUUGUGCGCACUUUGGGUUUUGAUUGGUUGCUGAUGUUUAUGGAAGAACACAUUCACUCCAGCACAGUGACGGCUGCUCUCUUAAUCUUGGUGGUGUUGAUGAGUAACCAAUCCAUCCUGAGCCGGUUUAAAGAGGGCCUGUCGGGAGGAGGCUGGCUGGACCACACAGACUCUGUGCUCACUAAUAAGAUUGGCACUGUUCUGGGUUUUAAUGUGGGCCGCAGCGCAGGGGGCAGGUCAACGGUGCGUGAAAUCAACCGAGAUGCCUGCCAUUUCCCAGGAUUCCCUGUGUUGCAAACUCUACUGCCCAAACACACCAACGUUCCAGAGAUCUACUUCAUGCUCAUGGCCCUUUUCCUCCAGCAACCAAUCACAGAGCUGCCUGACAGCCUGCAGGUACAUUUUGACCUGGACUCUAUCUGGACGUUUAUAUUUGGCGUCCCAGCCUCCAGUGCUACAGUGGUGGGCUCCAUUCACAACAUGUGCACUGAAGCAGCGUUCCUGCUCCUGGCCAUGCUGCGCAGCAUGCUCAACCUGCCUUGGCAAUCAGAGGAAGAGGGUUCCUGGCUGAGAGAAUAUCCCAUCACUCUCAUGCAGUUUUUCCGUUACCUCUAUCACAACAUCCCAGAUCUGGCACCCAUGUGGCACAGCCCGGACUUCCUGUGUACACUUGCUGCUACAGUUUUCCCCUUCAAUAUACGGCCCUACUCUGAAAUGGUGAGUGAUUUGGAUGAUGAAGCAAGCUCUCCCACAGAAGAGUUCAAAGCCUUUGUGACGGAUACAGGCAUGAACCGCAGCCAGUCAGAAUACUGUAAUGUAGGCAAUAAAACCUACCUGACCAACCACCCAGCCAAGAAGUACGUCUUUGACUUCAUGAGGGUCCUCAUCAUGGACAACCUGUGCAUGACACCUGCCAGCAAACAGACCCCCAUCAUUGAUCUUCUGCUAGAGGCCGCACCAGAGCGCUCCACCAGAACCCAGCAGAAGGAGUUUCAGUCCUACAUCCUGGACAGUGUGAUGGAGCAGCUUCUGGCAGCAGAUGUUCUGUUGGGUGAGGAGGCAUCAUUGCCAAUAACGACAGGAGGAAGCUACCAGAUCCUGGUCAGCAAUGUUUUCUACUUCACCCAGCGUGUGGUGGAUAAGCUGUGGCAGGGCAUGUUCAACAAAGAGUCCAAGCUUGUGGUGGAAUUCAUAGUUCAGCUGAUCACCCAGUCCAAACGGCGAUCACAGGGUUUGUCUCUGGACUCAAUCUACCAUUGUCUGAACCGAACAAUCCUCUACCAGCUCUCACGACCACACAAAACGGUCCCGCAACAGGUCACCCUGCUGGAUUCACUGCGUGUGCUGACAGUAAACCGAAACCUCGUACUGGGACCCGGCAACCAUGACCAGGAGUUUGUGGCUUGUCUGGCCCACUGCUUGAUCAACCUGCACACGGGGAGUAGUGUGGAGGGCUUUGGUUUGGAGGCAGAGGCCAGAAUGACCACCUGGCAUGUUGCGGUUCCUUCUGAGAACGAAUCGGACAAUGUCCAGAGCCAGGAUGUUAGCGAAGGUCGUCAAUUACUGCUCAAGGCGGUGAAUCGCGUGUGGACGGAACUCAUGCACAGUAAGCGGCAAAUGCUGGAGGACAUUUUUAAAGUGUCUCUACCCGUCAAUGACCGAGGACAUGUGGACAUUGCCACUGCUCGACCUGCCUUAGAGGAACCUGCUGCUAAAAGCUGGCAGAACCACCUGGUCCAUGAGAAGAAAUGCAUCAGCAGGGGCGAGACCGUUGCCCCAGCGAAUCAGUCCAAACUGUCUCGAGUCAGCAGUAACUUUGGUCUGUCCAAACUGACCGGCUCCCGUCGCAGCAAAAAGGAAAGUGGAAUGAACAAGAACAAUCUUUCUGCACAGGAAACCUUUCAGUGGAUGUUCACGCACAUUGCUGUGGUCCGAGACUUGGUAGCAAUGCAGUACAAGGAACAUCAAGAGAGACAGCAGAAUGCGCUGAAGUAUGUGAUGGAUGAGUGGGCAGGGAUUGAAUAUGAGCUGCUUCGGGAAAGGGGCCUCUGGGGGCCUCCUAUUGGCUCCCACCUGGACAAGUUUCAGUUGGACAUGACCGAGGGACCCUGUAGAAUGAGGAAGAAGAUGGUUCGGAAUGACAUGUUUUACAUUCAUUAUCCCUACGUGCCUGAUCCUGAGCCCAACGCAAGCACUCAGAAACCAGUGCGGUACAGACGAGCGAUAAGCUAUGACAGUAAGGAGUAUUACAUGCGGCUGCUGUCAGGGAACCCGGGGAUGUACCAGCACUCCAUAGAGCAGAACACGGAGGGAGAGACCACACAGCAGGAGCCUGAACAUGGAGAGGACACCAUCGCAAGGGUCAAAGGUUUGGUUAAAGCUCCUUUAAAGCGGUCCCGCUCUACAGCGGAUGGAGCCGAUGAGGACAGUCAAGACCAGCUGCAGGAGUUGCUAGAGUCAGGAGCUAUGGACGAGGAGCAGAAAACUGACAACACCACACUGCUCCGCCUGCUGGAGGAGGGGGAGAAGAUCCAGCACAUGUACCGCUGUGCUCGAGUUCAGGGUCUGGACACCAGUGAAGGGCUGCUCUUAUUUGGGAAAGAACAUUUCUAUGUGAUCGACGGCUUCACCAUGACGGUCACCAGAGAGAUUAGAGACAUUGAGACACUCCCUGCAAAUAUGCAUGAGCCUAUCAUCCCCCGAGGGGCCCGGCAGAGCAAGAGUCAGCUGAAACGAACCUGCAGCAUCUUUGCUUACGAAGACAUCAGAGAGGUGCACAAACGUCGCUAUCUGCUUCAGCCCAUGGCAGUAGAAGUGUUUUCCGGAGAUGGAAGAAAUUAUCUGUUGGCUUUCCAAAAAGGAGUCCGGAACAAAGUGUAUCAAAGGUUCCUGGCAGUUGUUCCCUCACUAGCCGACAGCUCCGAAUCUGUCUCUGGGCAACGUCCCAACACCAGUGUGGAACAAGGGUCAGGUCUUCUCAGUACGCUGGUCGGCGAGAAGUCAGUGACCCAAAGAUGGGAGAGAGGAGAAAUCAGUAAUUUCCAAUAUCUGAUGCAUCUCAACACACUGGCUGGCAGGUCAUAUAAUGACCUGAUGCAGUAUCCUGUCUUUCCAUGGAUCCUGGCAGACUUUGACUCUGAGGAACUGGACCUCAACAAUCCAAAGACAUUCCGAAACUUAUCCAAACCCAUGGGAGCUCAGACAGAUGAUAGACUGAUCCAGUACAAGAAAAGAUUCAAAGACUGGGAGGAUCCUACUGGCGAGACUCCAGCGUAUCAUUACGGCACUCAUUAUUCCUCUGCAAUGAUCGUGGCCUCAUAUCUGGUCAGAAUGGAGCCGUUCACACAGAUCUUUCUCAGGCUUCAGGGUGGACAUUUUGAUCUAGCCGACCGAAUGUUUCACAGUGUACGAGAGGCUUGGCUGUCUGCUUCCAAACACAACAUGGCUGAUGUGAAGGAACUCAUUCCUGAAUUUUUCUACCUUCCCGAGUUCCUACUUAAUUCUAACAACUUCGAUCUUGAGCUGAAGGAGCCAGUGGGUCAGAUAGUGUGCACUGACAAGGGCAUUCUGGCUGUUGAGCAGAACAAGGUGUUGGUUCCUCCUGCCUGGAAUAAAACCUUCGCCUGGGGCUAUGCGGACCUCAGCUGCCGCCUCUCCAACUAUGAGUCUGACAAGGCGGUUGUAGUAUAUGAGUGCCUGUCUGAGUGGGGGCAGAUCCUGUGUGCUAUCUGCCCCAAUCCCAAACUGGUUAUUACUGGUGGAUUAAGCACCGCUAUCUGUGUGUGGGAGACCGGGACUUCCAAAGAGAAAGCCAAGACCAUCACACUCAAACAGGCUCUUCUGGGCCACACAGAUGCAGUUACAUGUCUCACAGCGUCAUCAGCUUACCACAUCAUUGUGAGUGGCUCUCGAGACCGUACGUGCAUCAUUUGGGACCUGAAUAAGCUGUCUUUCGUCACCCAGCUGAGGGGCCACCGGGCUCCCGUCUCCGCACUCUGCAUCAACGAACUUACUGGUGAUAUAGUGUCCUGUGCUGGCACGUACAUCCAUGUGUGGAGCAUCAAUGGAAGCCCCAUCGCCAGCGCCAACACUUUCACCGGCCGCAGCCAACAAAUCCUCUGCUGCUGCAUCUCAGAGAUGAAUGAGUGGGACACACAGAAUGUUAUCGUUACGGGACACUCCGACGGUGUUGUCAGGUUCUGGAGAAUUGAGUUCCUCCAAGUCCCAGAAACCCCUGCUCCAGAGCCUGUAGAGCCCCCCGAUGUGCCAGACUGCUGUGGAGAGAUUGAGGGCCGUGAUGCUCCAGAGGAUGACAGCAGUGAGUCUGAAGGAGAGGAAGCCAACCUCAGUCAGGACUCUAAACCUCGGACCUCAAACAGCCAGCCCAGCAGUACCGUCCACAGACCCAAACCUCGCACCGGAGCCUCCUGGUCGGUGGACAGUGGCUCUGACGACUCCCGCCGCUGGUCGGACACGCUCAGUAUUGACGAGAAGGACGGCUUUGUUUUUGUAAACUACUCAGAGGGCCAGAUUAGACCGGGAAUUCCCUCGCAGCCACAUUUACAACCGCACUCAGCACCCUCACAUGGGCCAGUACCACAGCCUCUUCAGCCCAGUACUAUGGAGGCUCGGUCGUACAACAAGCUCAAACCAGGCUACAGAUGGGAGAGACAGCUGGUGUUCCGGAGCAAACUCACCAUGCACACAGCGUUUGACCGCAAGGACAACGCUCAUCCUGCGGAAAUCACCUCACUUGCCAUUUCAAAAGACCACAGUAAGAUCCUGGUAGGCGACAGCCGUGGCCGCGUGUUCAGUUGGUCUGUCAGUGAUCAGCCCGGACGCUCGACCGCAGACCACUGGGUGAAGGACGAGCAGGUGGACAGCUGCUCUGGAUGCGCUGUGCGUUUCUCCCUCACUGAAAGGCGCCACCACUGCAGAAACUGUGGCCAGGUCUUCUGCCAGAAGUGUAGUCGCUUCCAGUCAGAGAUCAAGCGGCUGAAAAUCUCCUCUCCUGUGCGUGUGUGUCAGAACUGUUACUACAACCUGCAGCAUGAGCGGGGCUCUGAGGAAAGCCCGAGAAACUAGAUCACCCUCACCCCACAUCACAUGCCCAAAAGCCACACCACCAACCACCCUCAAAAACCCCAUUUCACUGCUCCCCGCGCAAAAUCUCAUCGGUAAAGCACUGACGUACACCAAAAUAGGAUCACUAAUGCUCAUAAUUUCAUAUAUCGCAGAAGUGUGACCAUUAAAAAGAGAUGAUUGUUAGUUUACUUUUCCAUUCAUGCGUUUUCUUUUGCAGUAUGGUCUGUCAUCUCAUUGGCAUCAUCCACAAAGUCUGCGUUACGUUUAGAUUUUAGACAAAUCAAUGCAUAUAAAACGCUUCCUGAUGAAACGAGAUGACAUUUGUUUAUAUUGUAAAUACUUACAAUGGCAUUUUUAACUAGAAACAGUAAAAACAAAAAGUCAUUAUUAAGAGAUAAAAGAAGAAAUCAAAACACGACACAUUGCUUGUAAUAUAGUAUUACAGUAUGUUAAAAAUCACUCCUGGCUUUAAAAGAACAAAAAUGCGAGUGCGUGUGUAGUCGAUGUCACAAGUCACAGCCUCCCAGCGGGAAUAAUAUUGGGGACUAUGAAUGUUGAUAAAUGUUUGUGGAUUGACGUUACUAGCUUGUCUAGUUAUGCAAAUGCUUAAUUAUUAUGUUUAUUUUAUAUGUUCUGUUGAAGUGUUGCCCACAGCAUCAGCCAGUUGCCAUAGAUGACUUUUUCCAUUUAAAUUUGGUUGCCAACCUGCCUUGAUAUGUAACUACUAUCAUAUAUUUUAACAGUCGUGUAGGUCAAUGAAAGUAUGUAAAUGUUGAAUUUAGAUUAAAGACCACUUUAAAUCUUUUUUAAAUGACAGGAUCCAUUCAACCUUUAAAUGAUUCCACCAAAUUUCUAUCAUGCGCUUCAAAGACAGAAAUGUUUCAAGUCAAUUGAAAGACUGUAUUAUGAAACAUGUUUCUGAAGUGUCAAGAGUUCCUGCUUAGUUUAUAUUGGAUGUUUUGAAUCUGUACAUUUUGCAUUAGUGUGGGACUUCUCUGACUGUCCUUAAUGUGAUACUUCAUUUGUUAUUAGCUCAUAUGAAUUAAACAACUUAAAUGUUACUCUGACACUAGCUUUAAAAUUUGUUGUUUUUUGUUUUUAGUAAAAGCAUACAUUUCUUAUUCUUAAAACCUCACCAUUUUUAACCAUUUGCGAUGUUGCACCAGUGUAAAUGUCAGUAGAUUAUGAAAGCAAUAGUUAGUGAUGUUUUCACACAUUUCACAAAAUACUAGCUUGAACGUUAUUGUGUGUAAAGAAAAAGGGAUUUAACACUUUUAAUGGACUGGAAGCCUAGUUUCUCUUUACCUUAGACAGAACUAUGAAAGAAAGUUUGUUUUCAUCUUCUUCUUUUUUUUGAUACUGUGGGCAAUACCCUAUUAAAAAUGCUGCUUUGAUUAAUAGAGAGAAUUUCUUUCUUUCUCUUUCUUUAAAUGGUCUGACACAACUUUAAAAAGAUGGAAAAUGUGUUACCAUUGCAGUUGUUUUAUUCACUGUUGUAUGAUUUCCGUACAGCCUAAUAUGCACUCGUUAUAGUUGAAUUAUUCUAUAUUAAUGUACUGUAAUUCAGUGUGCAAUCAUAACAUCGCAAAGCUGUUGGGAUUUUGCUGUCGACAAGCAGCUCAAAGAUCAAAUGGCUAUAUCAAUCUGAAAUUCUUUUUGCACCUUGACAUGUAGACAAGACAAAGAAAUGGAGUAAUCACUGUUUUAUCAGAUGCAUUUUUAUGUUGUGCGCUAUACUUUUGAAACGGUGCGUUACUUUACAGUGAGAUGUGAGACUGUACGAAGUAUUUAUGCAGUUAUAAGGGUUUCUUUUUUAUGAUGAUGAUUUUUUUUGGAAUUUUUCAGCAA